AGCUGCUGCUGUAGCGCUCAGUUCUCCAAUGAGUUUUUCUCUGCAGAGGACGAGGGAUAGUAUUGUGGUAGUUUAUCGAGCAUCUGUUUAUUGAGCAAGAAGCAAAACAUGAAGCUGGAGGUUUUCUCCAACACUCGCAUCUCGGAGAAGGACCCACUCGGAGAGGCUGAAGUGAACUCAACGCUUUGCGCCGAAGAGGAGUUGGGCUCGGACGGAGACUGCGCGGCUAACAGCCCGGCCCCCGCGGCGUGCGUUUCCGCCCGCACGGCUAAGCCAUACACCCGCAGGCCCAAGCCACCCUACUCGUACAUCGCACUCAUUGCGAUGGCCAUUCGAGACUCGGCCACGGGCCGCCUAACGCUGGCCGAGAUAAACGACUACUUGAUGAAAAAAUUCCCCUUUUUCCGAGGCAGCUACACCGGUUGGCGGAAUUCCGUGCGACACAACUUGUCGCUGAACGACUGCUUUCUGAAAGUACUGCGAGAUCCAUCACGUCCCUGGGGGAAGGACAACUACUGGAUGUUGAACCCACACAGCGAGUACACCUUCGCGGAUGGCGUGUUCCGACGCAGGAGGAAGCGCAUUGGUAAAAAAAACCCAAAAGACUUUGAAACGCUGGAUGGAGACACCAUGUCAGUGCGCGACGAGAACACCAGGAACAGCACCAAGUUUUCGAGCUCUUUCGCCAUCGACAGCAUUCUCAGUAAACCAUUCAGAUGUCGAGACGAAGCAAAAGAAAGAGUUUCUAACGGCACUGAGCUAAUGAUGCCUGCAGGAUCUCACCUCAUGCCGCUGGUCAUGAGCUAUCCACUGGUCACCGUACCGUUAUUCCAUGUCGGCUCUGAAGUCUCACGUGCGUCUCAAGUGGACAGAUGCGACUCCUCAAACUUAACCAAACGCGUGUCUGAUUUCGAGAGUCAGCUCCAGGAUCUGCAUCAUCACCACAUUUCCCAUUACACUGCACAGGAUUCCCAGUACCACCCUUUUAGAAUCGACUCUUUACUUUCAUGAGACACAAUACACCCCAGUUAUGUGCACUUUCUCUGUUGUAUGGUCUGAAAACUUGGUGAUUUGCUGUAACUAAUGUAUCUUUCACUAUUCCAAAAUCCAAAUCUUCUAAAUGUUCAGGCAUUGCAUUCACUUGUGUUUACUAAUUACAUUUUUAUUUAUCAUAAACGACUGGAGAAAUGUUGUAUGUAUUUACAUGUAUAUAGUUUGUAUGAGUGAAGUUAUAUGGACGGAAACCUUUAGUGAUGUUAAUAUGUGGAGAUUAUUUGUGUGAGCUGUGCUCCAUCAGACGGACAGAACUGUAUCACUGAUAUGUUUGCAAAUAAAGAAAGAAAUGCAACCCUGAGAAA